GUAAAAGCGGUCCGAUAUCGCCAGUGGUUCUCAUUGUCAACGCAGACACCGAAUCUGUUUCACAGAAUCCAAGAUGGCGGUGUGGAGCAGCACGUUUCGUGCACUCGGUCAAAAUAUUAUUAAGUUUCGCGGAUCGGCUACUGGAAAAUUCCCAAAUAAUGUUGCGAUAAGAUGUAUGUCUUCUCAUGGUCCGAGAUUGUUUCCACUCGCACCAAGUCGUUGGCAUUGGAACAAGACGAAGGAUCUGGUUCACUUCUAUUUCAUGCUGGGCAUUAUUCCUGUAACGUUGAUCAUCACUGGAGCAUACAUAUUCGUGGGGCCGGCAACCCUACAGGAGAUACCUGAGGGCUAUGUUCCCAAACAUUGGGAGUACUACAGAAAUCCCAUAAGCCGAUUCCUGUCACGUUACGUCUAUAAUUCACACCAGCAAGAAUAUGAAAAGGCACUCCAUGCCAUGUGGGAAGAAGGGGAGAAGGUGAAACUCCUUGCCUUAGAAAAGAAAAUCAAGGAUUAUAUGGCUCAAAAUCUCGACUAUCAAGCUUAUUACUACCGACCUGCGAUUGCCAAGUAUCACAGAUACAGUCGUCAAAUAUCUGAAGAGCUUCAGGCUCUCCAGGGAGAUUAAUUCUCCCUGUGAUCAAUGGACAAUCGUCAUAAUAAUAGAGCGUGAAAGUUUUGUUUCCUCAGAAUUGGAGCAAAGAUCAGUGUCUAUGUAAACAUUUUAAAUACAAAAACAACUGAUUGACAAAAAUCUUUCUCCAUUUCAAGUAACGGGUGAGGAAACGUAGUUAAUUAUAACGUAUGGAUACUUCCUGCGUUGCUGGAUCAUAAUCUGAUCAUUGUACAGCUUGCAUCUAAUAAUCUGAAUAAAAUUAUAACAGACGUCAAGAAAAAUACUACCAGUUCUCGGUAUGUUUUUUUUUUCAUUUUGAUUUACAGCUCUUGGGUAGGAAAUUUUUCCCUACCAUACUCAAGUAUGAUAUUCGCUUUAUAAAAAAAGAGAAAAAGAAAAAAGAAAAA